AUGUCCUCAAACGAAAGUACCAAUUCUUCAAAUUCUUCUUCCACCUCUUCCAAUAAUUCUGAUAAUAGUAACCAACAAUCUAUCAAUGAUUAUAACCGACGUUAUGAAAGACGUAGACAAGCGAAUCGCGUAGUUGAUCGGAUGAUGGAUGAGUUCAUGCUGGCGAAUAAUCCAUUUGAAUUUUUUCAAAUUGGUAAUCAAGUUCCAAGAGCACCAAGGGUCCUUGUACAGAGGAAUCGUGAUGAUGGAAACGAUCGUUUGUGGAAUGACUAUUUUGCUGACCUACCGCAACGUCCGGAUGCUACUGGUAGACUCGGUGCAUCAUCAUUGCAAAAAUGCACUGCGGCUAUGAGGUUGCUAGCGUAUGGUACCGAUGCUGAUAGUGUUGAAGACUACUUACGGAUCAGCGCAUCUCUUGCGCGAGAUUCUUUACAACAUUUUGUUGAAGGGAUUGUGUCUUACUUUAGUGAUGAAUAA